AUGACCAACAAUUGGCAGAUGUUCCCCCACGAUGACUACUCCCCCAUUUUUGGAGCAUCUUUAUCAACAUACGUACCACCGGAGUUGUUCCUGAUGGUCAUGUACUCGUUCGGUGGGAUGCGUUCGGUUCAACUCAACAAUACGGUGAUCAGAAAAAUCAUGGAAACCGUCCCAGCCGGGGCAUCGCUCAAGCAGCUCGAGCACUACGGACAAAUCAUAGCGAGCGGGAAGUUUCACCAGUAUGACUACGGGAAGGCCGGCAAUGUGGAACGGUACAAUGCCACACGCCCUCCAGAAUACCGACUGGAGAAUGUUCGAGCUCCGGUGGCUUUGUACUACAGUGAAAACGAUUGGUUCGUUGAUCCGAAGGAUGUGCAGCUGCUGAAGACCAAGCUUACGAAUGUGAUAUUCGAUUAUCGGGUCACAGCUCCGGAAUUCAAUCAUUUGGAUUUUCUGUUUGAUCAAGCUGCAGUUAAGAUAUAUGAAGAAAUCAUUCGUAUUAUAAUGACUAGUGAAAAGGAAACAUAA